AUGUCUCAACAGGGUUAUGAUGUAUCGCAUCUGUUUGUCGGGUCUCUGCCAGAGCAACAACAACCACUAUAUGGAAUACCAAAUGUCGUGGCUGGGAACGGUACCACUGCAUCCUCUGCAUAUAGGGAACCUGAACGUGACGAUACUCCAUCGCGGACACAAGCAUCUUCGAAAGAAGACUCAUGGUCUCCGGAUCGUCAAGAAAACAGUUCCGACAAUGGCUCGUCAGAAGAUAAUGGUGUCAAUCCUGAAGAUAGUAGCACGAGUCUAAGCAAAUUAAAGACAUCGUCUGGGUCUGGCACCGGCUCUGGCUCUGGAUCUGGAUCAGAUGGUGACGGACCUAACAGUAACAGGUCGGGUUUUUCAAGUGGUGGAUCUCUGAGGUCUGGAAGAGAUUCGGGAUAUGGGUCUAAUAAUGGAUCGUCAACUACAAAACUCUCGUCACGUAUACACACCGGUAGUAGUACCAUCCCUGUAUCUGCUACCACAGUUACGAUUCCAUAUACUCAACAUCAUCACGGUGGUUGUGACACGUCAUCAACAACCGACUUGCCAAACUACUACCCAACACACCACAUACAUCAACAGCACCACCAUAUACACCCGCAGCAACAACAAUACCAUACAGCUAUUAACAGUAGUAACAUCCAUACCCUCCAACAACAGCAACAACAACAGCCAAUCCCACUACAUCACUUUGAACCAGCCAUCGUAAACCAUCCAGACUCUAUCCCGUAUGGCGUCCCCUUCGCACACAUCCCACAUCGCAACCACCGAUACUAUGAUGCGGAAGGAUCACCGGGUCCACCAUCACUCCCACUACCACCACAUACAUCACCAUCAUCAACAGCACCGAAACAAUACCACCAUCACAAUAACGCAAGUAAUAGCACAUCACAUCCUCAUAUGCAUCCUCAUAUAGCACAUCGAAAUCACAGUACCAGACAUGCACCAUACUUUUCCAAACCGAUGCCGACGAUACCGCAAGUUAAUUACGAAAAUAGUAGUAGUAGUAGUAGUACCGGUAAAGAAUUACAGCAGAAUGGGUUCUUGAAUGGAGAAUCACCGAGACGGAAAUAUGGAGCAUUUGAUUUGGCUUCUCUGUUUCAGGAUGCGGAUGUUGAGGAUGGGAGAAUGGAUUUACAGAUGAGACAGAAUCCGUUACGUGCUAGGAUGAUUGGGUUUGGUGAGAAGGAUCGUAGGCCGAUAGAUCCACCACCAAUAGUCGAAGUCCGUGUAUACGACGGAAGUGGAACCGGCAGACUAUCAUAUUCAGAAGCAGCAAACAUGAUUUGUCACGUCUCAAUAUGGUCUGCAGAUGGUCGAGACUCUCGAUCUGUAGUUGUCAACCCCUUCCACCCUUCCGCACCAUCAGCCAAACAGCUCGGUGCUGGUGAAAUACUACAUACGGAAAUCCCGGCUUCGGCUCUUGCACAGGUACUUGUCGGUAACUUGGUCUCGCCAUGCUAUAUCCUGAACGAUGUGUCUGGGGUACGAGGAAUGUUUUUCGUGUUUCCCGAUGUGAAUGUGAGGAUUAGUGGGACGUAUCGGUUAAAGUUUAGUAUAUUUAAUCUUAAAUGGGAUCGAUCGAAAAGCUGUUCACCAUGCCGAGGAACAAUAUUAUCAGACCCUUUUACUGUAUGGCAUCCAAAAGAAUUCCCGGGAAUGGCUAAAGACUCAACAGAACUGUCUAAAUGCUUUGCAAAACAAGGUCUCCGAAUACACAUAAGAGGGAACGAAACUGGUCGAGGUCGUGUGAAGCGGAAUGAAGAAGACAAUGACUGA